AUGACCCAUGGCCGCCCGCCAGUGCAACAUACAUGGCCACUUAAUAAAUGUCUUCCGAAGGUGGACAUAUCUGAUCCGUAUUCGUUCCUCGCAAUCAAACGUGGUAUCCUGCAGUACGUGUGGCUAAAACCGAUCCUCACGCUCAUCGCCAUAAUUAUGAAAGCGACAGGCACGUACCAAGAAGGCUACCUUGGUGUAUCUUCCGGGUAUCUUUGGACCGGAAUUGUGUAUAAUAUCAGUGUGACGGUUAGUCUCUAUUCGUUGGCGCUUUUCUGGGUCUGCAUGCAUAACGAUCUCAAACCAUUUCGGCCUGUGCCCAAAUUCCUUUGCGUAAAACUUGUCAUUUUCGCUUCCUAUUGGCAGGGCUUUUUCCUGUCGAUUCUUCAGUGGCUGGGGGCAUUAUCGAAUGGGCCCCCGGGUUAUACGCCAGAUAACCUGGCCGCAGCAAUUCAAGAUAGCUUGAUCUGUUUUGAAAUGCCUAUAUUCGCAGUGUUUCACUGGUAUGCUUUUGCCUGGCACGAUUAUGCCGACCCGACGGUAUCGGCUGCGCGGAUGCAGAUUAAAUACGCAAUUCGAGAUGCGUUUGGAAUAAAGGAUCUUAUUCAAGAUUCGAAGGAAACGUUUCGGGGAGAGAACUAUCAGUACAGAAAAUUUGACUCUGGCGAUAACGUUAUCGCCCAUGAAGAAUCACACUCCCGUGUGGCUCGAGUAAUGGAUGGAAUGAGAUAUGAGCGAGGCGGGAAGGCUAAAUACUGGAUUCCUAAACCAGGAGAAGUGAAUAGCAGGACCCCAUUGUUGGACCCCCCGACAUCCAGUCGACGAACUUCUCAGAACUGGUCAAGAACCAACAGUAGGAACGAUGUUCGCCAAUCUUAUACAGAUAUCGAAGAAAUCACACUUGAUGAUGACGACGAAAGACUGUUUACAAAUGCACGGGCACUGGAAUUUGGAGACUGGAAUUACCCCGUUAUCACAGCAAAUGAGGUUCCCAGGGAUCAAAUAUUGCCGUCGCGGACGAGAUCAGCGGCAUCGUCUACAUUCAGACGUACAUCUGAAGGAGACCAAGUCAAGAAAUCAUCACGGCAUCGAAGCAGGCGUGUUCAGAGUCAAAACGAUGUCCCUGGUAGCUCAGUUGCUGAAGGGGGCUCUAAAAAGUCUAAAACGUCGAAAUCAAGCCGGCAACUGAGCGAUUCUAGCUCGUCAAGCAAAUCGCAUCCAACAAACGACCAGCUAGUUGACAUUGUAGAGGACGUUGAUGGAGCUGUGAAGGAGAGGGAAAGGGCCCAUGCUGUAGGCCAAGAGCCAAACCAUCUGCUUGAAUCACGAUUGAUAAGCCGGUCUUCCAGCAGCACCACAGACCCCCAAAGCACCCAGUACACCGAGACCAGGCCGGAAGGGUCGCCUCCUGCCGACGAUGACACUGAUUCGCAAGAUGAAAGGCAGCGGCUCUUGAGGCAUAUGGGAGAUGGCGUUUUCAACGAAGAGCAGAAUCCUUGGGGCUAG